UUGAAAAAUAUAACCAAGCUUUUACAUGCAAUUGAGCGUGCUGUAUUAAAUUGACCAAAAAUUAUGGCAGAUUUAGAUGUAAAUGGUGAUCCAGUUACCGAAGAUGUUUCUGACAAAUCACAAAAGAAAACUGCAAAACAUGACAGUGGUGUUGCCGAUUUAGAAAGAGUUACUGAUUAUGCAGAAGAAAAAGAAAUUUCUUCACAGGACAUUUCUGGGGCUCUAUCACUUUAUGGAGAUAGACAAAAUAAAGAUGCUGCCGCUAGAUUGGCCAGAGAAAGAGAGUUACAAAAAAUUGCUAUAAAAAAGGAAGAUGUGGAUUUAAUGGUGAAUGAAAUGGAAAUCACACGAACACUUGCUGAAAGAACUCUGCGAGAGCAUGGUGGCAAUGUAGUUGAUGCAUUGGUAUCAUUAACAAAUUAA